GCUGUCUGUGAACGCCAACAACGUGCUGCAUAUCAAACUGGUAAAAAUGCUACACUGCAACGGACGUUGAUUGCUAAUAUCGCAAUAGCCAAACAUCACACCUGCACUGCAUCAAUGAGCCAUCGACAGUAUCAGCAGGAGCCCCAUCAACAGACACCGGAACGGAACGGUCACAGUCAUCAGGGCAUUAUGGAUAUACGCAAUCUUUGCCAGCGCCUGGAUGUCGAUCAUCUGAAAGCCAAGCUGACAGCGCUGCCACAGUUGAAGCUGCCGAAAUCGUUGCCCAAGCUGCGCGCUGCACGUCGCAUCUUUCGCAGCUCGCGCGGCAAUGGCAGCGGCAAAGAGGCGCCAGCUGCAGGUGCAGCUGCAGAGCUGCAAUCCGAGGCGUCGGGCCUGGCGCAGGCACAGUUCAUCAAUCGGACGCCACAGCGCAUAUCGACAAUUAGCUCGCUGAUGCAUGAGCAGGCGGCGCCGCAGCAUCUGCAACCGAAUGCUGGCAGCACCUACCGCAGCGCUGGCAGCCUGGACGAUGACUAUUAUGCGCCAUAUGGCACAGCAGCACGUGCGUCACGUCCAAUUAGUCCCGUCAAAAUGCCACCAACAUUGGCCCUUGGCGACGCAGCGAUGGCGAUGGCAAUGCCGACGCCGACGCCGGCGCAGACGCAGACGACGACACUGCGUAACGGCAGCAGCCUGACGCAGCGCCUACAACGGGGCUACAAGAGCCUCAGCAAGCUGCGGCUGAAGCAUCUGUUCGCCAAGCAGACAGUCAUACGGCGGGAUGGCAUCGAGGUCGAUCGCUACGUGGAGCAAUACGAGGCGGAACGACGCGUCGAACAGCAGGCGCAGGCGCGUCGAGAUCGGCAAAUAGCCGACAACUAUGAUAUACACAUCAGCACGCUGCCCAUAACCAGGGAGAAUACACUGAGGGCGCAGCAGCAGUUGGAGGAGCAGGCGCUGCCACAGCAUCGACGCAGCGUGGCCGAGUAUAGCGGCGAUGAGAGUGGCAUGGAGGAGGCAAUGCCACAGCAACAGCUGCCGCCGGUGCCGCGCAAGAAGCCAGGCAUUGCUGCAACCAGAUUUUCUAGAGUCCGUCAGCCGCCGCUGCCGAUGCCCGUCGAGGCGCACGCCGAGGAGCAGCAGCAAAGGCCAAAAGAGCCGCAGCCCGUGCGCCAGGCAGUUCGCCAAAAUUUGAAGCGUCUGCGCAAGUCCAUCAAGCGCGUGCAUCAGCCAGCCGCCAGGCCAGGCCAGGCUGAUGACACCGAUGACGACGAGGAGCCACAGCAGCAGCAGCAGCAGCAGCGUCAGCCUCAGCCCAAGACGCGAGCCAGCACGGGCGGCACAUUGCGCGCGCGUCUGCGUCGCUUUGCGUCCAGCGAGCAGCUGCAGCAGCGCUGGCGCCGCAGCUUCAAGAGCAACAGCGAAAGCCAGGAUCAGUCGGCACAGCCGUCAGGUGGUGCGGCAGCAAGUGGCGCCGCCUUUGGCUUCGGCAUGGGCGCCCACUUGGAGCGUACGAUGACCAAGCUCAACGAGAAGAUGCAGCAGCUGAAGUUUUUUCAGCGCUCCGGCGCUGACAAAGCAGCGACAGCGGAGGCGGGCAACAAGCCGAAUACCGUUGGCCGCGAGCCCGUUGAGGUCGAUGACGAGGAACUGGAGGCGACCUAUCAUCACAGCGAUAGCAGCGACAGCGAGGACAGCGGCCAGGAUGUGUGCGCCGAUGAGGCAUACGGUCAAAUGGAAUUGGAGCCAGAGCGGGCAUCGUCGCCUGCCUUGGUCAAGCGGCAGACCUUGGCCUCGCUGGCCCAGCUGCAUGCGAGCGCCUCGACAGCCUGGAGCAGCGAAUCGCUGGAGGAGGAUGCAACCGUGGAACAGCAGAUGGCUGCCGCUGCUUCCGACUAUCCGCGCGUGCUCAUCCAUCAGCAGCAUACGGAUGCCUACGAGUCCACGCUCAUUUUGGCUGUGGCCGCAACGCCACCGCCAAAGCCUUCGCCAGUUGUGGAGAAGCAUCAAUGGGUGUCCAAUCAGCAGAUCAUAGCCGACUUCAAGGCCAGCGUUUGGCCAGCGCCCGCCCUGUACAAGCCCAAGAGCAUUGACAUCUUUGAGGGCGAUGGCGGCGCCGCUGCUGCCUUUGCAGAUUUCGAUGAGGCGCUGCGCAACGCGCCAGUGCUGCGAAUCAGCGCCGACAGCAGCUGCGACAGCGGCGAGGAUGCGGACGACAGCAGCUCGCGUGUGACCAAGAUACGACUACAGACGCCGCAGAUUGGCAACAGCUGUGAAAGUCUCAUGGAGCAGCAGCCGCUCGAGGACGAAGAGGAAGUGGAAGAUAAAAAUCAAACCGCUGAUGCGGAGGCGGAUGUGGAUGCGGAUGCGGAUGUGGAUGCGGAUAUGGAUAUGGAUGUUGAUCUUGAUGACCAGGAGGCGCGCAUGGCGGAACGCCCACCAUCCGAAUCGCCGCCACCGCCGCCUUUGCCGCAGCGUCGACCACCGCCACCCAGUACUGUGGCGCCCAUAUAUGAUGCAGUGCCGCCGCCGCUGCCCAUAAGCAAGCCACCACCCAUACAAGCAGCAUCAGCAACGCCGGCACCAGUGGCAGCUGCACCGCUAGUCGUUGCUGCCGCAGCCAGCAGUGUGGCAAGCCUGCCGCAACGCAGCACGUCCAUGACGCGUCCAUCCAAGCCGCUGGUUAAGACCAGCUCGCUGCGUCUCACCUACAACGAGCAAAUGCAUCCCUCCGAUUUCGGCAAAGUGAACAAGCUCAUCUCACGCUUUGAGGGCAGGCCGCGCCUGUGCGCCAGGCGACUGCACAGCGAGGAGCUGACCACAUGCAGCGAUGCGGAUGAUGAGCCAGAGCCAGAGCCGGAGCCGGCCAAACAGGAGCAGCAGCAAACGCCAACAAACGCCAAACAAAGUGCUAUACCCAAUAUUGUGACAACUCAACCAAACCACUCCAACAACAACAACAACAACAACGUUAGCAGCUCAGCUCAAGAUCAGGCUGAGCUGCAGCUCAGCUUGGAUCGCCAAAAUUCGAACUGCAGUCGCAGCGAAUACGGCUCUCCGCUGGCAUAUCCAUUGAGCAACAGUCGGCGCCGCAGCUCAACGCCCACCAUCGCCAGCACGCUGAAUGCCCCGGCUCUGGCGCCGCAAUCGCAGCUGCAGUCGCAGCGUGCGCAGGCGCGCCGCAGCCGACGCUCGAUGACACGCGACGAUGACAACUUUUACAGCUUCGACAGCGAUGAAGAGAACAGUUACUACUCGAUAAGUCCGUCUAGCAGCAGUCGCUAUGUGGUGGAAAUUUGAAUCGAAGAGCCCUAAAAAUACCCGAGAAUUGCCCUAAAAAUACCAAAGAAAUACCGAACAAAUAUCGACAUCGAAACUUAAGCUCUUAAA